GCUCAGUCAGUCUUGGCCAGGUUGGUGUGCGAGAGACAUCCACAUUGCUAACGAACGCGGAUCGCACGACAGAUCCGAUCCGACCCUCUCCGCUUCGUUUCGAUUCAAUGCUAACCCAUCCUCGUGUACGCGAGUGCCUCAUCGAUCCCAAGUUCUGAUUUGAACCAUAGCGAAAAACAAACAUCAAAAACAACCAACCGCCAAAUACAACACAGCACAACCCAUUGGAUUGGAUUGGAUUGGAUUACACAAGAAGGGCGAAGUUGGACAACCUGGACAGAGCUCACACCAUGAAGUCGGGCACACAAAUGGACGUACUGUACACGGCGCUGCACUUAAUCACAAUCGCAGCUCUGACGACGCACGCAGCACAGAUACCAACGGCAGUCAAGGAUGCACAAAGCUCGCUAAGUGACGCCAUCGCAGCGGCCGAGGCGGAGUCCGAUGGAGGCGCACCCACCUCCAAGCCAGCCAUUGAGCCGAGCGUGCGGAUAAAGUGCCUAUCGGGCUCCAUGCUGAUCACCAUCAAAGAUGCCCCGCCAAACCACGAGACCGGACUUUUCAGUGGCAUGAUCUACCCGAAAGGCCUAUCCAAGAACUCCACAUGCCUCAGCGAGUACAGAGAUCACGUGGGCUCGCUGCGGUACAAGCUGCCCCUGCGUAGCUGCAACACGAUGCCCAAGGAAACGGACGAUGGCGGCAUUGAAUUCUUCAACACAAUCGUGCUCCAGCCUCACCUGAAGCUCAUCACCGAUCUGGGACGUGGCUACCAUGUGCGCUGUGCCUAUAAAAGCCGCGACGCAGCCAUCAAGCCCAAGAAGCAUCUGCGCAAGCACUCCCAGAAACCACAGGCCUUGCGCAGCGAGGAUCGCCGUGACUAUGGCAGAUCCUUGGACAAACAGCGCGACGAUGAACUGGACGAGGAGGAUGUCUACGAUGUGAAUGCCCCGCUCGACGAAGAGGAUGUCAGCAAUAACGAAAUCCCCAUGCCCGGCUGCCAUAUGAAAAUCUACAAUGACGAGCACAAGAUUGCCGACGACGUGAAGAUCGGUGAUCCGCUGACCAUUGUCAUCAGCAUCGACAGACAGCAGAUCUAUGGUCUCCAUGUUACCGACUGCAUCGUGCGUGACGGCUUGGGUUGGGGAGAACAGCGAUUGGUGGGAGAGGAUGGAUGUCCCAUGGACAACGAGAUCAUGGGACAAUUCAAUUACACGCUGGAUCGAUUGGCCGCUAAUGUGACCUUCCCGGCCCACAAGUUCCCGUACACCACCUCGGUCUACUAUCAGUGCAAUGUGCGCCUCUGUGCUCUGGAAGAUCCGACAUGCCAGGAGGCGCCUCUGUGCAGCGGCAAGCGGCCAAAGCGUCAGACUGCUGUCGAUAGCAAGGACGAGGAAGGUUUACCAGCCACAAUUGAGGUAUUCUCCGGCCUCUACGUCAACGAGAACGAGAAUGCCAACGACAGCGACGAUGAUGCAGUCUACAAGGAGAAGACUCUGGAGGACGCUCUGUGUGUGUCGCAGCGCACCUUUGCCAUAGCCAUUGCCAUUGCGGGCCUGAUUUUGAUGCUGGCUGUGGUCGCAGCUGUGCUGUGCAUCAUGGCUCGCCGCAGCACGAAGACGGUGUCCAAUUCGGGCAGCUCAAUCUACAGUGGACCCUACACGAACACCGCCUUCUCGCACAGUAGCUAAACGCAGCCCGGCUCCGGGUCCCGCCUCAAUGUGAAAAUUCAAAAUUCAACCUAUCCAAAAUUAUGCAAAUGGAACACUCAAAGUGUUUUAAAUCAGUUAUCAGGAUGAGAUUCUGUCGCGCAGGGUGCCGCUGCGGUAGUCAACGUCAACUCCGUCGAAUCAAGAAUGGGAGCAAAUUAGUGUUUAAGGUCACAGGAGCAAGCGGUCGGUCAGUCGUCCAGCGACGACUGUCCCUAGGUUUAAGCAUAGUCUUAGGUUUGAAAAAUGUUUGUGCAGAGAUUACCGGGCAAUGGCUGGGUCCCCUCUCUAUUGCCCGCUAAUGUCGCAGAGUUCUUGGCAUCGCUCGGUCACAUGGAGGGAGCUGGAACUCUGUUCCGCACAGUCGGUGUUGGACUCGCCCUUCUUUGAGAGACUCCACUUUAAGCAGUGGUGCAGUCAUUAGCGUGUCUCUUGACAUCACAGCCCUCCUUUACACGUAUUAUGCUUACACUACCUACCUACUACUAUAAUUUAAACACUCGAACUAACAACGAAUGCAGCAGCCGACGCUCAGGUGAUAUUUGUACUCGUAUCUACUUAAUACUUUAACUGCUACACGUAAUUUAUCAGAUCAGAUGGAUCGAAUGCCUUACUGCCAAAGGUCCACGUAGAAACACAAACAAAUCCACACAUCACGUUCUUAGUUGAAUUUCCUGAACAACUUCUUGUCAUUGUUUAACUUAAACUACACUGCACUACACUCUGGACUAGGGCAGCAGCAGCCCUUAUUAGAAUGCAGCCGUCCCAAGCAGAAAUCUACUAUACUUAAAAUACAAUAAAUAUGUUGUAAUCACUCUCAAACGUAAGCUUAGGACUUUGUACAGCUUCAAUGGAGCAUUCCGAAUGCGAUUCUGAGGGAAUGCUCUUCUGGAGCCGUUCAAUUUACGCAUAACGCAUACAAAUGGAAAUCAAUUUAAAUUUUAAACUGCAAUUAUAGUUUACCUCUAAGUUAAUAUUAAUCACAUUGAACAAUAAACUCAAAUUGACCGUA